AUGGUAAAGCUAUACGAUGUUGACAUUCCAGCGGUUGUGGAUACGGGAGCUUCGCUGAACAUUAUCAAUGAAGCGCAAUGGAACAUACUUCAGAGACAUGGUCUCUACCUGUCCGAGACAAGUGCCAAGGUGUUUCCCUACGGAAUGGAACAGCCUUUACCGCUGAUCGGAAAGUUUACAGCGCCAGUUACAAAAGGAGACAGGCAAGUACAAGCUGAUUUCCACGUGAUGAAGGGCAAGUCGGUAUCCUUGCUAGGAAAGCAAACAAGCAUUGAUCUAAAACUCGUCGUACUACCACAAGACAGGCUAGAAGUUAGGCUAGGAAAGGCAAGGAUGGAGAACGUCAUCGCGACAAACGCAGAAGUGUUUGAAGGCUUGGGAAAACUGAAAGACUACAAGUUGAAGAUUCAUGUAGACGAAUCCGUAGUGCCUGUAGCACAGCCACAUCGUAGAAUCCCCUUUCAGCUGAGAAAGAAAGUGGAAGAAGAGUUACAAAGAUUGUUGAACGAAGAUGUAAUUGAGCCAGUCAAUGGACCAACCACGUGGUCAUCUCCCGUUGUGGUGGUGCCCAAAGCGAAUGACAAAAUAAGAUUAUGCGUGGACAUGAGAAUCCCGAAUCAAGCUGUAAAAAGGGAAAGGUAUCCCAUUCCGACUGUGGAUGACGUCUUAGAGGAGAUUGGUGAAGCACAAGUGCUGUCGGAAUUAGAUCAUAGAGAAGGAUACCACCAGAUUGAGUUGGACGAAGCAUCACGGGAUAUAACAACGUUUUCGACACAUGUUGGAAAUUUUAGAUUGAAGAGGCUCAUCUACGGAGUUUCUUGUGCACCAGAAGUAUUUCAGAAGAUUAUUCAAGAUGUGCUGCAAGGAUGUGAAGGAGUGCGUAACAUCUCAGACAACACAAUUGUGUACGGGAGAAACCAAGAAGAACAUGAUGAUAGACUGGAUAGAGUGCUUCGCAGGUUUCGAGAGAAACGUCUAACACUUAACAGAAGCAAAUGCCAUUUUGGGCUGAGUAAACUUAAUUUUAUGGGACAUACCAUUUCUGGCAAUGGCAUCAGUCCAAGCACUGAGAAGAUUAAAGCUAUACGUGAUGCAAGGACACCCAGUAAUGCUUCGGAGUUGAGGAGCUUCCUUGGAUUGAUCAACUUUUGUGCUAGAUACAUACCACAUUUGGCUACAAAGACUACAAGGUUGAGAGAACUCAUAAAGAAAGAAGUCGGGUGGGAAUGGACAACGGAGCAUGAUGAAGAUUUUGCAGAACUUAAGAACUGUCUGACCGACAAGACUGUUUUGGCUUUCUACGAUAAAAAUGCACGGACAAGGCUCGUGGUGGAUGCCAGUAACACUGGAGUAGAAGCAGUUCUACUGCAAGCAAAACGAGGAGAGAUGUUCAGACCAGUCGUCUAUCUGAGCAGAGCAUUGACGGACAUAGAAAAGAAAUAUUCUCAGACAGAGAAAGAAGCAUUAGCAGUCGUAUGGGCUGUAAAAAGAUGUAGACUCUACCUGUACGGCGUGGAGUUUGAACUCAUAACUGACCACAAAGCUUUAGAAAUAAUCUACGGACCAAGGUCGAAACCUUCAGCUCGGAUUGAAAGGUGGCUGUUAAGAAUGAUGCCAUUUACGUACAAGGUGAUAUACCAGCCAGGCAAGACGAACAUUGCGGAUCCGUUAUCAAGACUUAUGCAACAGAGAAGUGAGAAACAAAGGACUGCGACUGAAGACUACGUAAACUUUGUGAUCAAAGAAGCAACGCCAAAAGCACUGAGCGAAGAUGAACUUCGGAAAGCCACGAAAGGAGAUCCUGUUCUGCAGAGAGUACUGGACAAGGUACGGAAAGGACGAUGGGAACCAAACAAUGAAGACAGUGUCUACAAAAGAGUGGAGCCUGAGUUAUCGGAGAAAGAGGGACUACUCCUUAAAGGAACAAGAAUUGUAAUUCCCAGUGAACUCCAGGCAAGAGUGUUGGACAUAGUUCAUGAGACACGCCAAGGCAUUGUUAAGACGAAACAGUUGCUGAGAACCAAAGUAUGGUGGCCAAACAUGGACAAACAUGUGGAGGAAUCGAUAAGACAGUGCCCAUCUUGUCAACUUGUCACAAUAGAAAAUCAACCACAGCCCAUAAAGUCGACUCCGCUACCUGCCAGGCCUUGGGAAGAGUUAGCACUUGAUAUUUGUGGACCUUUGCCAUCUGCAGAAUAUGUUUUGGUUUUGGUGGACUAUCAUUCAAGAUGGCCGGAAGCUGUGAUCGUCAAGACGACGACAACCAACGUGAUAAUUACCUGGCUAAAAGAACUAUUUGCAAGUUUUGGUUACCCUCGAAGUAUCAAGACGGAUAAUGGACCUCAGUUUGUCUCGAGAGAUUUUGCCGAAUAUUUACAGCAGUGCAACAUAAGACACGACAGGACUACACCUUAUUGGCCGCAAGCGAAUGGCGAAGUGGAAAGACUGAAUAGAUCUUUCCUGAAAGCACUGAAGAUUGGUCGACUACAGAACCGGAAUUUAAAAGGCACGCUUUUGAGUUUUCUUCAAGCAUACCGAAGUACACCACACUGUGUGACAGGAAGGUCACCAUCAGAACUUCUAAUUGGAAGGUCCAUGAGAACAAAGCUUCCAGAGGUAAAGAUUGAGGAGAAGCGAGGAAAUGUCAAUGUGCAUGACAAAGAAAGGAAGUUGUAUGAAAAGCGAUAUGCGGACAGGAGGAGAAGAGCGAAGGAAAAGGAUAUCCAAAGAGGAGACGAAGUAUUGCUAAAGAGAAUGACAAAGACGAAUAAGUUGAGUACGGAGUACUGGCCGAAGAGGUGGAAAGUUGUUAAUAGAUAUGGACCAACAAUAACAGUGCAAGACAAUGAGGGUGUUGUGCGCAAGCGAAAUGUAACCCACGUAAAGAAGUUAUUCGGUGGAAGGAUGUAUUUUGUCGACACACCGCAGAUACAUCAGAACCAGAGGGGCAACAAGUCACGCAAUGUGUGCCGGCACAGGAAAGAUCUGAAGUUACGGAACGAGCCGGAGGAACAGAAACAUUGGUGA